UAAAAUAAAAAACCUCACACUCUGUCAGUUCCCUCGUUUCCUUUCAGUCGUUCUUUCUUCCAGAAGCAUCGGGUACCCGCGGUCCAUGGCCAGAGCUCCAAAUAAGCACGGUCGCGAUCAAGCUCUGGAUUUCCAGGGGUUUUUGAGUGACUUGCAGGACUGGGAGCUUUCUCUCAAGGACAAGGACAAAAAAAUGAGGCCACAAGAUUCACACCAGGAAAAGCUGAAGACUAGAGAUUUAGGAACUAGUUCGGGGAAUUAUGACUACUCGAGGAAUUUAGAUUCAAUCAAUACAAUGUCAAGUAGUUUCACUUCGGAAGAUAGUCUUCCUGAUGCUGCUUCAGAGAAAGAAUUGGGUAAUGAGUAUUUUAAGCAGAAGAAGUUUAAGGAAGCUAUUGACUGCUAUUCAAGAAGCAUUGCUUUGUCUCCGUCUGCAGUAGCUUAUGCAAAUAGAGCAAUGGCAUAUAUAAAAAUCAAAAGUUUCCGGGAAGCUGAGGAUGACUGUACUGAGGCCUUGAAUUUGGAUGAUCGUUAUAUAAAAGCAUACUCACGACGUGCAACGGCUAGAAAAGAACUUGGAAAACUUAAAGAAUCAAUUGAAGAUGCUGAGUUUGCCCUGAGGUUGGAGCCUCAGAACCAAGAAAUCAAGAAACAAUACACUGAGGCCAAAUCUUUGUAUGAGAAAACAAUUCUUCAGAAGACAUCUGGAGCACGGAAAAAUUCUGUACAAGAAAUGCAGAAAGUGGGAAAGUUGGAUACCAAAGGUAAUGAGUAUUUUAAGCAGAAGAAGUUUAAGGAAGCUAUUGACUGCUAUUCAAGAAGCAUUGCUUUGUCUCCGUCUGCAGUAGCUUAUGCAAAUAGAGCAAUGGCAUAUAUAAAAAUCAAAAGUUUCCGGGAAGCUGAGGAUGACUGUACUGAGGCCUUGAAUUUGGAUGAUCGUUAUAUAAAAGCAUACUCACGACGUGCAACGGCUAGAAAAGAACUUGGAAAACUUAAAGAAUCAAUUGAAGAUGCUGAGUUUGCCCUGAGGUUGGAGCCUCAGAACCAAGAAAUCAAGAAACAAUACACUGAGGCCAAAUCUUUGUAUGAGAAAACAAUUCUUCAGAAGACAUCUGGAGCACGGAAAAAUUCUGUACAAGAAAUGCAGAAAGUGGGAAAGUUGGAUACCAAAGUGAAUGGACAAAGCAUCCAGCCUGUCUCCAGCAGUGCUCAAAUAACAGAAAUGACUGCAGUUCAAGAUCACACUAAGAGAAAUAACACAACUAGGAAGCAAGAGGUGAAGGCAUCGGUACAAGAGCUUGCUUCUCGAGCUGCUUCCCGAGUCAAGGCUGUAGCUGCAGAAAAGAUCACACCACCAAAUUCGGCAUAUCAAUUUGAGGUUUCUUGGCGAGGACUCGCUGGAGAUAAUGCUGGACAGACUAGCCUGUUGAAGGCUAUAUCUCCAAGUGCAUUGCCGCAGAUAUUCAAAAAUGCUUUGACUGUUCCCAUACUUCUUGACAUUAUCAAGUGUGUGGCAACCUUUUUCAUUGAAGAAAUAGAUUUGGCCGUUAAUUAUUUGGAGAACUUAACCAGGGUUCCAAGAUUUGACACACUCAUCAUGUUUCUUUCAUCCUCAGACAACGCUGAUCUUGUUAAGAUAUGGGAUGAAGUGUUUGACAAUGAGGCAACUCCAAUUGAGUAUGCCGAGAAGCUUGAUAACCUGCAUACAAAGUACUGCCCCAAGCGAUGACAAAGAUCAACAAGUUUCUACCUUACCCUCCUCCACGUCUUGUACUGUAAAUUCAAGUUGUAAAAUUUUGAAAUGCUCCAACGCCCCCUUUGAAUCUCAAAUUAUAUCGUGGACAACUUUUCUAUCCAUUUAUCGAGAUGUUAAAAGUACAUUGCAACUUUUACUUCUCUCCUCUUGGACUUGAAUACUUUGAACUUGGAACUUUUGGUAAGAAUGAGCUUGUGAGCGUCCAUGUUUAGGUCGGCUCUUGUUCAGUCAUAUUCAUUGAGGUCCAGAGGUUAAUGGUGGCGAUAACCUGUUUCUUCAUGCCCCACCUAUUAUUCACUACCUUAUUUUUCAGACAACAUAUGUAUAUCUUUGCAUAUUGAGUUGUUUCAAGUCGCAAUCAACCAAUGUUAUGUGGGGGUCAUCCA